GGGCAUGGCCAGCAAUAGCUAAUGAUCCGGAGAGAAGAGAGACCUACUCACUCUCUUUACUCAGUUACUCUCCUUCAUUCACUGCCAUCUCUGUAAGACGUGGUAGCCUAAAGAGUGUCUGGUGAGACAGAGCCACCAUGGACCCUAAGAUCCAACGCAUACAAGACAUCAUGAAAGCCCUAGAGGCUGGGACGGUAAUGUUUAAGUUCAGACGCAAGAGGCCGCCAGAGAAGAGAAUAUUCACACUCAAACUGGCCACAUUUGAGAUACAGCAGACACCCUUUCCUUCUCGUGGUCGUGCCAUAGCUGAAGAAACAGUUGAUGUACGUGAGAUCAGGGAGGUUAGGGAGAGUAUAGAGUCACUGGAUUAUAGGAGGGCCCAGGAUGAUCUUAAGGUUGUUGAUGCUCAAUGCUGCUUUGUCAUAUUCUAUGGAUCAGAGUUUCGUCUAAAGACACUCAGUGUAGCUGCAAUGUGUAGGGAGGAAAGGGACGCAUGGUUAGACGGUCUGAGGCACAUUAUGAAUCCUAACAACUUUCAAUCACCACUCCUCACUAUGAGAUGGCUCAAGAAGAAGUUCUUUUUACUGGACAGAGGAAAUUCUGUUAUUGGAGCUGUAGAGUUAAAGAAGUUCUUUCAGCAAGUCAGCCAUCGUGGUAAUAUGCACAAAAUUCGUCAAAUAAUGCAGGAACACGACUCCAACCAGUCGGGGGUCUUGGCAUGGGACGAUUUUGUUCGUAUGUACCAGACCCUUAUUUAUGACGACCAGAUAGGGAAGCACUUUCACAACUAUUGCGCUGACAAGACAAACUUCACCUUCAGAGAGCUCCUCGCUUUCUUCAAGGACGAGCAGAAAGACCCCAGAGCUUCUGAUCCAACUUAUGUGUCUAAUUUUGUUUGGGACUUUGCCACUUCGCCUGGUCGGGACCCCAGACAACCCUCACUGACCCUCCAUGAGUUUGUAAAUUUCCUGUUUUCCAAGAGGAACUCGAUAUUCAACGAAGAGCAUGCCACAGUUUAUCAGGACAUGGACCGUCCCAUUAACCACUACUGGAUAGCAUCAUCACACAACACGUAUUUGACUGGUAAUCAGUAUUCCAGUGAAUCAUCAGUUGAAGCUUAUGUCAGAGCUCUGAGACAAGGCUGCCGCUGCAUUGAGUUGGACUGCUGGGAUGGUCCUGAUAAUUCUCCAAUCAUAUUCCACGGGAAGACUCUCACGUCAAAGAUAAAGUUCACUGAUGUUGUUCAGGCGAUCAAAGAGCAUGCGUUUGAGACCUCAGAGUACCCAGUGAUACUCUCUAUAGAGCAGCACUGUGACGUGUCACAGCAGAGGUUUCAAGCAAACUACUUUAAACAAGUAUUUGGAGAUAUGUUGCUGGUUGCUCCUGUCAGUGGCACUGCUAAUAAUACAUUACCAUCACCUAAUCAACUUAAGAGAAAAAUAAUUGUCAAACAUAAGAAGUUACAGACUGAUGACGAUGUUUCUGCAUCAGUGACUACAGCUAAAGCAGACCCAGCUGAUAAUGACAGGGUUUCUGAUGAUCUUAGCUUUGCUUUGAGGACAGGCUUACUUUAUAUGCAAGAUCCCAUCAAUAAAAAAUGGUCUCCUCAUUUCUUUGUCCUCACUCAAGAUAAGCUCUCCUUCACUGAACAGGAAGAGAAAGAGGAGGAGGAUCCUGAACAAGUUGAAGAGCACGAAUUAUUGCCUACAGAAAUGCACCUCAAACAACCUUGGUUUCAUGGAAAGCUCACAAGAGGCAGAGAUGAUGCCGAGGCCUUGCUUAUUGAUUAUAAAGAUGUUCAAGGAGCUUUCCUUGUUAGAGAAAGUGCAACAUUUGCCGGUGACUACUCGCUAUCAUUCACUCGUGAUCAUAAGUAUAAUCAUGUGAGAAUACACACUAAGUCUGAGGGAGGGAAGACUAAGUACUAUCUCAUUGACCACAUGCUCUUUGACUCAAUAUUUGAAUUGGUGGAGCAUUAUCGACAGUUCCCAUUAAGGAGCCCUCAAUUUGAGCAAAUACUCAGCACCACUGUACCAAGGAAGGAUACUCACGAGAGGCAGCCUUGGUUCAAUAAGAACGUGUCCAGUAAAGAGGCUGAGGAUAUGCUCAAAAGAGUGAGAAUGGACGGAGCUUUCCUCGUCCGUCCCUCUGGUCAUGGACACGACGGAGCCAGGGAUGAUCCUCAUGGGAGAAAGACAUGGGCCAUCAGCUUCAGAGCUGAUAAGAAGAUUCGUCACUGCAGGUUCAGUGAGGAAGGUGGUCAGUUCACGAUUGGGUCUGCCACUUUUGACAGCAUGACUGAACUCAUCUGCUACUAUGAGCAGAACCCACUGUACCGUCGCAUGAAGCUCAAGUAUGCCAUCAAUGAGGACAUUCUCAGACAAAUAGGACAGGAUCCUGACAAUUCUCCAUAUCAUUCGAUAUACUUCACAUUCAACGAAGAGCAAUCAAAAACGAUAUCAGUCCGUGCCAUAUUUGACUACAAUGCCAUGAUGGGAGAUGAGCUCUCUUUCUGUCGCGGUGCCAUCAUCACUAACGUUGAGAAGCUGGAGGGAGGCUGGUGGUGUGGGGAUUACGGUAAGUCCACUCGCGGCUGGUUCCCUGCUAACCACGUUGAGGAGAUAAAGGCAGAGGAGGCAGAGGAGCUGGAUGAGAAGCAGCUGGGUAACCUACAGCAAGGAGCCAUUAAUAUUGUUGGAUGCAAAACCGAAAUGAGCCAGCAGUCGGCUACAAAGAUUUAUGUGCUCAAGAUUUCUCCUAGCACGGCUAUUGGUCACCCCGGCCUUGAAGUAUCAGCCGAGACACUUGAAGACCUCCAGAACUGGAAGGAGGCUAUCGAUGACGCAAGCAUUAAAGCAAAAACUAUUGCAAAGAAAGAGCAUGACAAGAUGAAUAAGCUACAAAGGACCCAAGGGAUAGCACAAGAAAUGUCAGACAUUGUUGUGUACUGCCAGCCAACAAAAGCAUUCACCAUUGACAAUCCAACAAAAGGAAAGUAUUACCACAUGACGUCAUUUGUCGAGACAAGAGUCGAGAGAUUCGUAAAGAACAAGGAACACGCUGGGAACUUUAUACAAUACUCUCGUCUCCAAUUGAGCCGAGUCUAUCCCAAGGGACAGAGGAUCGACUCUUCUAAUUAUGACCCAAUACCAAUGUGGUGCUCUGGCUCACAACUAGUCUCUCUUAACUAUCAAACUCCUGAUCGACCCAUGCAACUCAAUGAAGGACGUUUCCUACAGAAUGGAAGGUGUGGCUAUGUACUAAUGCCAGACUGUAUGUUAUAUCAGGAAGGAUUUAAUCCCUUUGAUUCGAAUUCACAUAAAACUGAACCACUUAAUAUUGUCCUAACAAUUAUUGGUGCCCGCCACUUAGUGAAGCCUGGACGUGGUUUCGCAUCUCCACUGGUUGAGGUGGAAGUGUUUGGCAUGCCUUGUGACAUUGCCAAGAAUAAAACACAUCAAGUUGACACUAACAGUUUCAAUCCCGUUUGGUUCUCGAAAUUUGAAUUCGACAUCAACAACCCCGAGUGUGCCCUCCUGAGGUUCGUGGUACAGGAUCUUGACGUAUUCGGUGAUCCGAUCGACCUUGGACAAGCCGUCCUACCAGUGACCUCCCUCAAGACCGGCUAUCGGUCGGUUAUACUCAAGAACGCCUACUCUGAGGAGCUGGAACUAGCUAGUCUUUUAGUCCACUUGGAAUUCCAAAAGGCUAAUGAAGAUGAAGACCUUUAUUGUACUAUAAGAUCGUUGCAAGAGAGUAUACAGCAGCUCAACUCACAGAUGAGUGUGGUCGCCAACCAGUACAGUGACAGGGAUGACAGAGCUAAGAGACAGCUUGAGGACAUGUCGGAUAAAAUGAUACACCAUCAGACGCAGCUAAGGAACUUGAGGGACCUCAGAAACAAGCAACAGAAAAGGCAGCAGCUGCAAAAAACUCCUUCCCGUUUGUGAAUUCAAGUGCCUACUUCAUUUGACGUUAUAUCACAAAUAAGUAUUUUGUGUUGUAGUUUAACCAAUCAAAAUUUUAUGGGAGACCUUAAUAAUUUUAAUUUAUUGACCUGUUGACAAUAAUUAUCAUUAUUAUUAUUAUUAUUUUCGUUUUAUUUUUGUGUUUUAUUAUUUAGAGUAUUAUUUUUUCGUUGAAUCAUUAAUUACAAAUGUAUUUUUGUCCUUUUCAAAUGCAAGAGCAUUGUUAGUAUUAUUAUUUAUUUAAAAUUGAGUUUGCAUAUAUUAUUGAAA